AUGGAAUUCUUUAAAUCUGCCGUUGCUUCAGCAAUCUCCAAAGGCCCUCCUUUCCCUUACACUUUUGGCGACCGGGUAGAUGUCGAUGCCAGUAUUUGGACCCUCCACAAUGGAACCAAGCGUGAAGAUGGAUCGAAUUGUAGCAUAUUCUCCUUCGAUGUCACGGCGAAUAAGUCCCGCCUGCCUAUGGCAAGGAAUGCUGUCAAGAAGCUUCGAACCUUAAGACACCCCGGAGUUAUAAAAGUGCUGGACACUGUUGAGACCGAAACAUACAUAUACAUUGCCACAGAACGACUUAUCCCAUUACGCUGGCACAUAAAACGGAAGAGCAUGAGCUCGGAGACCUUGAAGUGGGGACUUUUUGGUGUGGCUCAAACCAUUAAAUUCAUAAACGAAGACGCAUCUUCUGUGCAUGGAGCUCUCCGAGUGGGUUCGCUAUACACAAGUGAGAGUGGCGAAUGGAGGGUAGGAGGUUUCGAGGUCUUGAGUAGUAUGAAGGACGACGAGGCAAUCAUCUACAAUUAUGGCAGUCUGGUCCCGGAUGCUGGCCGAUAUACGCCUCCUGAACUUGCAAAGUCUGGCUGGGACGCUAUCAAGCGCAACCCCUUGACUGCAGUCGAUGCAUACAAUUUUGGAACUCUGAUAUUCGAGGUCUUUAAUGGCGACUUCAUGGGUGGAGAUCAAGUUGGGCAAACGAAGAACAUUCCAGUCAAAAUGCAGCCACCUUACAGGUCGCUAGUAAAUGCGAAUCCGAAGCCCAGAAUCAGUGUUGGAGGCUUCUUGGCGCAGGGACAGAGGAACGGCGGAUUCUUCAACACUCCACUAAUAAAGCUUACUGAAAGUGUGGAUAAUCUUGGUAUGAAGACAGAGCAAGAACGUGAAGAAUUUCUGAAUGAUUUGGACGGUUUGUCAGAUGACUUUCCAGAAGAUUAUUUCAAGGUGAAGAUCCUCCCAGAGCUGUUGAAGUCAGUCGAAUUUGGCGGUGGUGGUCCCAAAGUCUUCAGUGUAGUCAUGAAAAUCAGCACGAAGCUCACCGACGACGAAUUCGACGCAAGAGUUACGCCUGCGGUUGUGCGGUUAUUUAGUAGUCCAGACAGAGCAAUUCGAGUAUCCUUGCUCGACAAUCUACCCGUGAUGAUCGACAGAUUAUCGCAGAAGAUUGUCAAUGACAAAAUAUUCCCUCAAAUGCUUUCUGGAUUUACAGAUAUAGCACCUGUAGUUAGAGAGCAGACUGUGAAAGCUGUCCUCACGGUCAUUGGAAAGCUGUCUGACAGAACGAUAAAUGGCGAACUGCUCAGAUACCUCGCGAAAACCUCCAAUGAUGAGCAACCUGGUAUUAGAACCAAUACCACAAUAUGCUUAGGCAAGAUCUCGAAGAACCUUGGAGCGGGGACAAGGUCAAAGGUCUUGAUCGCAGCCUUUACUCGCUCUUUAAGAGAUCCAUUUAUCCAUGCACGAAAUGCUGCUCUGAUGGCACUUGGAGUGACGUCGGAUGCAUUCAGCGAAGAUGAUUGUGCUAAUAGAAUACUACCCGCUCUGUGCCCAUUAUUAAUAGACAAGGAAAAGAUCAUCCGAGACCAGACGAACAAGGUUAUGGAAAUUUAUAUGCAACGCAUUCGGAAAUUUGCCUCUAUCAUGGCAGACACUGCUCUUCCUCCUCCAAGCUCGACGGAGUCUUCCACUGGACAAACACCUCGAAUGAGUACUCCUCAGCCUAGUGAAGCAGCCUCAUGGGCUGGCUGGGCCAUUUCGUCAUUCACCAAUAAAGUCUCGGCUGCAGCAGGUGAAAUAACACCGACAGCUAAUGGCGCCCCCCGACGGUCUUCAGCUCCGUUGGUUGCUGAUCGUCGAGCCCCUGGAACGGCUUCCGCUUCAGCCCUGCACCGUCAAGCAGUUGCAUCCCCACCCGAGACAUCUGCUCGAACUUCUACAUCCUCGAAUGCAAAUGACUAUUUCCAAGACUCGAAUGCUGGUGCGGAUGAAGAGAUUGACAUAGAUGAUGCGUGGGGCGAGGUGGAGGAAGAUUCGUUCUUCGAUGCACCAAGCGAAGCCUCUAAGGCAACCAAGCCUGCAACUGUAUCUGCGAAUCCGUUCGAUGACCAAGGAGAGCCUGACUUUGCAGGAUGGCUAGCCGCACAAGCAGGAAAGAAGACUACUGCUAAGCCACUUCCAAAGGGACUAGCUAAGCCGUCCGCUUCCAAUGGUAAUAGACCUGGACCUGCGUCCCGAGUAGCAACAACCGGCAGUAUAGGUGGCCUCGGCGCGAAGAAGACAGCAACAACUGCAGCUGCAAAACCAGCAACGAAGCCUGUAGCUGCGAAAAAGAUUGAUACAGCUCCAAGAGAUACUGGAGAUGACGAUGGGUGGGGUGAUGGAUGGUAA